AUGUCUACUUUGUGCACGCUUGGGUGCGCCGCCUUGACGGGAGAGUACAAGGUGCUCGCCAUCGCGAACGCAGCUAAGCAUGCGUGGCAGCAGAUAUGCCAGAUCAUCACCCUCAACGAUAAUGGCGGGGAGCAGCGCUGGAGGGAGACGGGGACCCCAGGGUACAGUUUGCUAGCGCCACUACCGCCAUGGACUUACAGCAGGGAAGUCGCUGUGGUCGAGGGGGUGGCCUACUUCCUGGUCAAGCCGGACCACACGCUCGACGUGCAGCAUGCCUGGAUCAUGGCGUUUGACCUUGGAGACGAGGUGUGGCAGCCGGAUGCGCUCCAAGGCCCGGAGUGCAAGCACAAUGUCGCCUUAGCCACACUCGAAGGCAAACUCGUUGUGUGCCAUGACAACCGCCAAACCUUCAUGGAGCUAUGGUUUCUUGUGGACCCUGACCAGGCUGACUGGUGUAUGCGGCACAAGAUUGUCAUGCCCUCUCUUAAGCUCUCGUCACCGGUGCCGACUUCUGGCAUGUAUUUCGGGAAGCCAUUAGCGGGGCUAGACGACCGAAUGAUUGUCAUGUGGAUGCGGGUGACACCAACAGGCUGCAGCAUCCCGCUGGACACGGUGCUGCGGUAUUACGACCCAAGAACCAGGGCUUUCACAGAUGGAAUGCAGGUAGCAAAGUGCAGCCAUGUUACUGUGCACACGUGGAGCAUAUUGUAUUCAGGAAGAGGAGGGAUCAGGAGAGCUGCAUUACAGAGCUAG